AUGUUAUUAGCGAUUGUAUUGACCAGCUCAGCUGGUGCACAAGAACCCACUGUUCAUCAAGCACAAGAGCCCCUAGAGAGCACAUAUAUCUCUAAUUCACAGAUUAGGACGUGGAAAGCAGAACGCGGCGACACGACGCACGCGGAAGCACAGCUUGGAGGCAUUCAUUGGUGUUCAGAAGACGUCAAUGCCCGCAUAGAGAGCGAGUUUAUCAAGGACGAGAUGUUAGACUCUUGCAGACAAGAGACGGGAGGUUACGACAUUUCAGAUCUUUUACAUCCAACAGACAAGUUCAUGAUGCCGUCAGAGGAGCAGAUGAUAAAGUUGUGCCGUUCAGAGGCAUGCGCUGUGUGGUUGGAUCAGGUCGUGGAAGCAUCUUGGCUACCAGAGUGCAGAUAUCGACAAUCGCAGACGAGUUUUCGCUCUUUGGCUCAGACGUUGCUGCGAAUCCGAGAGAACUGGGUGGACAUAGAUGUGGAAAGCGCUAUUGUGACUUCAAAUGCGAAAUUGUUUCUUGAUUUCUAUGAACUGAUCCAGCUUGCCAAUUUGCUGAAUGCAAACAAGGAGAGCGUCUUGAACGAAAUGAGCUUGCCGGUUUUACAAUUUGCUAGACAGUUGUCAGAAGAGGAAAAUGUUACUGUGAUGGGGUUUGAAGACAACCUUCAGCCCAGCGCAGUAGCCGAGCCUUCGGAAAUUAUAAGUGGCACUAGUGUCUCUGGCACAUGGAAGAGUCCCAGCAAUGCUAUUGGAUCAACUACGCCCGAUAGCUCCACUAGUUUGAGUAGCUCUACCGACACCAGUAAUCUCAACAGUACCAAGGACUUUUCUUCUGCUAGUGAUCGUAACUCAAGCGAUACUACCGGGGGUUUUACGGACAGUGAUGCCGGUCCGCAUGCAUCUUCAACUACUACAACUACAGAGCUUACGCCAUCAUAUGCUUAUGUCGUCGGCGCCUGGAUCCUAUUUAAUGGCAGCUACUUUUUUCUAAUGCGAAGAAAGUGA